AUGGCAUCAGAGGUUCCUUACCGGAACACUUACGCCGCAGCUGUGAUCGGAAAUCAAUCCACACCUCCGAUCGUCGGCGAACCAAGUCAAGCCGCCCACAACAUUCCACCUCCGAUGUCGACCACGAUUCCACAAGGGAAUCCGAGCUCAGAGCAGCAGAGAAGUCUGGAAGACAUGGAGAAUCCGUUGUUCCUCAGCCCAAACGAGAACCCUAGCGCAGUGCUGGUCAGUCCUCUCCUCAUUGGAAGCUCCAACUAUGGAUCCUGGUGUGCUUCGAUGUGGAUCGCCCUAGAGAUUAAGAACAAGUGGUGCAUCGUCAAUGGGAGCGUCAUCGAACCGAACAGAGAACACAGACAGCAUACGGCAUGGAGGAGAUGUAACCUCAUGGUAUGCUCCUGGAUUUUUAAAUCUGUUCAUUCGUCUAUAGCUCAGAGCAUCUUGCAUUUAGAUAGUGCUAGAGCUGUUUGGGAGGAUCUGCGGAGCAGAUUCUCUCAACAUGAUGCUCAGAAGAUCUCUCUCUUACAGAACGAUAUAUAUGGCCUUAGGCAAAGAAAUUUGUCCAUUAAUGAGUAUUACACCAAGUGUAAGACUCUGUGGGAAGAAAUGAACACCUUAAGACCCCUUCCACAAUCCAAAUGUGAGCCGAAGUGUAGCUGUGAUCUAAUUGGUCAGAUUAGAAAGGAACGUGAUGAAGAUCAGGUCAUACGUUUCCUCCAAGGCUUAAACGAUGAGUAUAACAUUUUAAAAUCGAAUGUAUUAGUUCUUGAUCCGUUACUGGAUGUAUACAAAGUGUUCGUCAUGGCCGAAAAAAUGGAGAGACAAAUCUCAUUCACUAAUCUGAGCAUUGGCAACUCAGACAUCACUCAAGCCAAUGCUGUUCAUAGCCAAGAAUCUUCUGAAGAGAUCAUUGCAGCAGUAAACACCUACAAUUACAGACGAAAUGGCAACAAUAAUAAGAGUGCAAAGUGCACUUUCUGCGGGAUGAGUGGUCAUACUAUUGAUAAGUGCUACAAAAAGCACGGAUAUCCACCGGGAUGGAUUCCGGGCUUCAAAUCGAAGGGGAAACAGCAGCAAUCAGUAGCAGCCUUGACGGAUACCACUGGAGAUUCUGGGAGCAUAUCUGAACAGCUCCAGAAAAUUCUAUUAUUGCUCCAGAAUCAGAUUGGACAGACCUCAAACACAAAGGCCUCAGCAGCAGUGUCUCGAAUGCCAAACUUCAAUAAUUUCAAUGAAAAAGACCCUGCAACUGAAGGCAAGUACUCUAAUGCUCAUAUCAAUUCUAUUUCUCUGUGUGCUUCUACUUGGAUUAUAGAUUCCGGGGCUACGGAUCAUAUCACUUGUUCUCUUGAUUUCUUCCUUGAUUAUCAUGCUGUUCAAGGAAUUGAGGUGCAUUUACCUACUGGAAAUCACAUCACUGUCAGGCACAUAGGGAAUAUUGCCAUCAAUGGUGGAAUAUGUUUGAAGAAUGUUCUUCAUAUCCCCUCCUUCAAAUUCAACAUCAUAUCAGUGAGUAAACUUUUACAAGAUGAUUGCUGCACCCUAACUUUUACAUCUGGACAGUGUGUGAUUCAGGAUGCUCUUGGAAGGAAGAUUGGUUUAGCUAGACAGGAGAAUGGCCUCUACAUUCUAUCUCAGCCUUUGUCAAACGCAAGUCACGGCAGUUUUUCUGUUCAAUUGUUUAUAAUUAAUCGAUUGCCAUCACCUGUUAUUGAGCUUUCCACUCCAUACUUUCGUCUAUAUGGGCAGAAUCCGGAUCUCACAAACAUCAAAGUGUUUGGAUGCUUGUGUUAUGCAGCUAACCUAUCUCCAAACAAACACAAAAUGUCUCCAAGAGGCAGGAAGUCUAUUUUUGUUGGUUUGCCAGCCCACACAAAAUGGUAUCUUCUUUAUGACAUUCUUGACGGUUCUUUAUUUGUCUCAAGAGAUGUGACCUUCUAUGAGUCACAAUUUCCUUACUCGAAGGAACCAGUGCAUAUGGAAAUCGAGAAAUCUCAGACUAAUGAGCCUUCUCUUCCGCUUAUCCCUGUCACAACCUCUGUCGAUUAUAGAGUUUUUGAGCAGCAGUUAGAUGGCAGUCCGUCUGUUAACACCACUCCACCAACAAAUUCUCCUGCUGACUCCUCAUCUCAGUUUCUAGAAACAGAAGAACAGGACCUCGCGAGUCAGCUUCAAGGAUCAGAACCCCCCAGUGCUGCUAACACACAAGAUCUAGAGGAGCAUUGCCUUGAUGUCCAAGAGGCCAACAAUAUUCUGAUAGCUCCCAGACGGUCUGAUAGGCAGCGAUGCAUCCCACACAAGUAUCGGGAUUAUUACUGUGGUAACACCAUAAGCAAGAGAUCAUCCCCUCAUAAAUUAUCUAAGGUGAUGUCUAUUGAUAAUGUCUCUCAAUCUCAUAGGAUUUUUUCCUUGGCAGUGACAUCUACAGAUGAACCAACAACAUACAACCAGGCUGUCCAGAGUGAUUGUUGGAGAAAUGCUAUGAAUGCUGAAAUUAGAGCCCUGCAGGAAAAUAAUACUUGGGAGCUCACAGAAUUGCCUACUAGUAAAAUCCCCAUCGGAUGCAAAUGGGUAUACAAGGUUAAGCUUAAAGCCGACGGAUCAAUAGAGAGAUAUAAAGCCCGAUUAGUAGCCAAGGGCUACACUCAACAGCUGGGCAUUGACUAUAUAGAAACCUUCUCACCAGUUGCAAGAAUAACCACUAUACGCAUCCUCCUAGCAGUGGCUUCAUCUCGUGCCUGGCAUGUUCAUCAACUCGAUAUAAACAAUGCUUUUUUGCAUGGUGAUUUAACAGAGGAGGUCUACAUGAAGCUGCCUCCUGGAUUUGAGUCUGAAAAUCCCAAUCAAGUGUGCAAGCUGCGACGUUCCCUAUACGGCCUCAAACAAGCUAGUAGGUAG